AUGAACGAAUUUACACCAUUGAACAGACCUCAACAAUCACAGGUCACAAUCGAUUCCAUUGCGAAGGAUUGUCCUUCUGGAGGGUUCAACUAUCCUACGUUCCGCCAACUCAACAAACAAGCGCGUAUAUAUCUAUCACAGCCAUUCAGCCUCAAUCCUUCAGUUUCGUAUCAUCUAUUCGCCGUCUCGAAUUCAAAGGGUUGGUUUGCAGCAGUCCAGUCGACGCUUUCAGGUUCGGCACUCAUAUUCUCGCCUCUCGAGGACCUUCGCUCGGCCUUCACUGCAGCCAAAGAGGACGCGGAAGGCCUCUUCUCUCCCAAACGAACCUUGUCUAUACAAGCAGGGAAUGUCAACAUCAUCGACUUCGCAUGCAAUGAUACGCGCUUGAUUGUUGGACUUGAGAAUGGCUCAUUGGGCGUGUACGACACGGCCUCGUUAUUCACGCCAGGUACAGAACCAAUUCAACCACUGAGGACGGCCCAGGUUCAGUCAUCUCCGCUCCGCCAAAUCGCGCCGAAUCCUGGAACAGAGGCCAACUUGAGUGAACUUUUUGCUGUUGUUGGAGAUGGAAAGGUGCAGCUGUUGAAUAUGCAGUUGGAACCUCAAGGAGGUUGGGAAGGAACAGACCUCAUGUCGCAGCCUAUUUCUGUGGCAUGGUCGCCGAAAGGGAAACAUAUAGCAAUAGGCCUUCAAACAGGCGAUAUUCUGACGUUUUCUCUGACCAACAAGUCGACUCCACACAAACACAUUCCGCCCACAUCCGACGCAAUUUUGGUAUCACUGAACUGGCUCGGUCCCGGACACACCUUUCGCACAAGCUACGGUGCCCAAGGUGAUAUAGCCGCCAAGCAACAUAUUAUCGUGCUAGACACCAAGUCUUCAACCGCUAUAUACUUCGCGCCCGACCAUCCCUACCCUUCGUAUGAUCGAACACAACAAAACGCCUUUGUCCUUACCCUGCACAAAUGGGACGAGGAGGCAGCGUCACAAGCGGAUAGCAAAUCGCUCACAGUCGUAGGGGAUGUUUCUUCAGUGGACCUCGAAGUGCUUGGCAACGUUGGAAACAACUGGCAUAGACACUCUCAGGAGAACCAGCUAUCGUUACCUUUGGAUAAGUCGAUGGAUGACACCAUACUGUUGGCGUUGGAGGCAGACCUUACCGACUCGAGUACCAAUGCACCAAUUAUGUAUGCCUAUCUGAACGAUGGAUCGCUACAGGGAUGGCAUGCUGAGCACCCGAGUUCGAAACCAUACCUCGGCAUGAUUACUCUGGGUGCCUCAUCCUCGACAGCCGCCCCUGCAACCCAAGCGUCUAAGGAUGCCGACAUGGGCAUAGACGCUGAAACACCAUCGACGUCUGCCUUCGCGCAGCCUGCUCCAACUACCUCCGCCUUUGGCCAGCCAAGCUUUGGGCAAAUGAGUUCGCCAUUCGGUCAGACAGGUGGGAGCACUUUCGGUCAGUCCAGUUUCGGUCAGGCGCAAAAAGCCCCCGCCUUCGGUCAAUCUUCAUUUGGUCAGCCGUCCACUACCAGUGCUUUCGGUAGCUUCGGUCAAGCAAACCAAACGAAUGAUACCACCUCAGCAUUUGGUGCUGUCAAGCCUGCAGCUGGUUUCGGCGCCUUUGGUGGAGGAGGUUCGACAGGAGCUUUUGGUUCAGGUUCAUCGGUCGGAUUUGGGUCUGCAGCAACACCUAGUGCAUUCAGCAGCUUCGCCUCCAACACCACAGGCAAUGUAUUUGGGCAAGGCAGCUUCGGUGCGCCUGCCGCCGCAUCUAGCCCGCCUGAAAAUGCAGACCCAACAUCCAUGACUCGAGAGGCCUCUAUGUCAGAUUCGACCUCUGGCUUUGGAAGCAUGGGACUCGGCAGCGCAACUCCUUCUGACCCCAACGCCGUCAACAGCAUGUUUGGAUCAAUCCAACCAGGAUCGUCGAACAACCAGACGCAGUCGACGUCUGCAUUCGGCGGUGGGCUCGUCAAACCUGCCAGUGGGUUUGGUGCAUUCGGAAGCUUUGGAUCGGGGGGUGCGUUCGACCCGAGCAACAAACCCGCACCUACUGUCUCAGCAUUUAGCACUGCGGCACCAGCAACGACCACGACGACGUCAUCUAGGUUUGGUCAAUCUGGUUUCGGCCAGACCUCUUUUGGCAAGCCAUCUUUUGGCCAACCGGCGUUUGGAAAAACGAGUUUAGGCGCGACACGUGCCUCGACGACGGCGCCACUGAGUGGAGGGUUUAGUGCAUUUGCUAGUGCGCCGACUUCAUUUGCUGCCGUGACUCAACCUCAGAAGACAUCUGCUUUUGGGUCCACAGAGGCGAAGCCUGCAACGACUGGAGGGUUUGGUGCAUUUGCUUCGAAUGCCCCGUCUGCAUUUGGCUCAACAGCCACGACGGAAAGCAAGCCUAUUUCUGGAGGAUUCGGUUCAUUCGCGUCGAGCACACCGUCGGCGUUUGGUUCUACAGCCCCAGCGACGCCAUCGCCUGCUCCUGAACAGAAGCCUGCAGGUGCCUUUGGCUCAUUCGCCGGCUCGUCCUCGGCAUUUGGCUCAACAGCAGCCCCAACAGCGACGGCUUCAGAUGUUGCUAAACCAGCUGAGGCCGCAAAAACCUCCAUCCUCGAGGCACCCUUUGGUGCAAGUUCAACCUCGUCGAGCAUCUCGCCAUUUGGAGGAAACGACGCUAAUAAGACAGAAGCCACCAAGCCUAGUGCAGAGACUGCUCAAAGGACAUCCGUAUUCGGGACACCCUUUGGCGGAGCCUCGUCAUCCUCAACUGCCUCCCCAUUUGGAACAGCCCAAGCCAAGUCGCCAUUUGGUGGUACUGCGCCAGUCAGUCCCGCGGAGUCGCCAACGAUCGGCAGCUUCGCUCUAUCCCCUCCUUCAUCGCCCGAACCAGCGCAGAAAACAGGGCCGCCCUUUGGCGGUGCAGCCAACACGAUGCCGACCACGCCUUCUGGAGGUGCAUUUGGUAAUAUCCAGGUUACGCCUUCUGCUUUCAAGCCAGCCACUGGGUUUGGGGCGUUUGGGUCAACGACUCCAACGGACUCGCCAUUCAUGAAGAAGCCUGAAACGACUGUACCUGUCUCUGUGUUCAACCUCAGUUCGACCCCAACAAAGACGCCUGCUUCCUCGACAGCGUCACCGGCUUUCGGUACGACUUCUUUUGGGAUCCCAUCGACACUUGGUGCCCAGAAAUCGCCGUUUACACCUGCCUCUCCAGCAUCACCUACUCCUGCCAUCAAACCUGCUACAUCUAGUGGAGGGUUUAGUGCAUUCAGCGGACAGGCGUCUGUAUUCGGGACGCUUGGUGGCUCGGGCAAGUCUUUCUCUGACCUGUUGAAGACGGGUGGCGAGGAGACAAAGGACCCUGCCAAACCCACGGUUGCAGCACCUGCCACCCCACCGCCGAAGGACAAAGAAGAGAAAGGGAAAGAAAAGGAUGAGGAUGAGAAGCCCAAGACCCGUGUUUCUGUCUUCGGGACACCUGUUAGUGCACCACCGACUGAGCCAGAGACCAAAGACGACAUGCCCAUCUCUGCAUUCGCUCCUGUCUCUAAAAGCUCAAGCGGAUCUUCAGAGGAGAAGGAGGAAAAGAAGGCCAACGAUAAGAGCGGAUCUUCCGGAGUUUCGGACGAGCCGUCUUACGGAAAGAUAUCUACAUCUUCUGCUGCCAGCUCCUUUGUCGAUGUUACUGAGGAGGACGGCAGAGCGGAGGAAGGCGAAGAGGGAUCUGAAGGAGAGGACGGGGAUGGCUUCCUUACGGAGAGCAACAGCGAAGAUGGAUCCUAUCACCCAGAAGAGUCGGAAGAGGAAUCUGAUUCAGAUGCCGAUGCGCAGGUAUCAGAUGAAGAGGGGGAAGGUUCUCCAGAGCCAGCGUCUAUUCCUCUGCCUUCUUCGCGUUCUGCUUCUGCCACUCCUCAGCCUGAGGUUCCCAAGAUCGAGGUCUCGUCAUCUCCGGAUGAUAGCGAAGGCAAGUCACCCUCUCCCAAAACGCCAGUACGAGAAGCGAGCACAACGCCGCCUGGAACGCCUGCGAAGGAGACCAAGCCACUGUUUGGCACUCCAGGUCCCUCCACUCCGCCUACAACUGGCACUCCGACACCAUUUGGCUUUGGUCUUGGACUUGGACGUCCGAGCACGAAGCCUACACGAAGCUCGCCGCUUGCCAACGCCGUCACUCAGGAGGAUGAAGAGGAAGAUGGGGCGACAAAAAGUCCUAUUCCGCCUCCCGUUUCUCCCAGACCAAUAUCCAGGAGGCUGCCUGUUGAGCCAGAGGGUUCGAAGAAAAAGUCACCAACACCUGAACCUCAACCGCCGAGUGCUAAGCGACCAAAGACGCCCCCGCUCCUGUCGACGAUCCCUACACCUGCGAUGACAGUCCCUCUAAGUGCCACUCCAACUACUGCGAGCUCUACAGAGUCGUCAGGAUCAAAAGCUAGCCCUUUUGGUCUUCCUGGCGUCAGUUCCACUUCAUUCGGUAUAUUGCCUUCAACCAAGGACGCGAGCCCACCCAAGGAUGAGCCUGUGCGUGCGGCAGCCGCACCUCCUGCCCCAGCUAUGUUCGGCCUGCCACUACCCGCUACUGCCGCCACUCCCUCUACAAAGCCCACAAACGUAUUCGGCACAGGGAUAUUUGGAGUACCUGCUACAACUUCCUCUAUCCCAGUGACUCCGAGCACGACUGGUGCAAGACCUCCCGGAUAUCCGCCAACACCGCCGCUAUUCGGAGUGCCUCCGACACCACUGCUGACACCGUCGACAUCGACGGCUUCGGCUCCUCCUAUUUGGGGGCAACCUAGGCAAGCACCGACGAUGCCUACGCCAGGAAGUAUCUUUGGCAUCCCUCCUCCGGGAUCUGGGCAAGGUUUGUUCGGCAUGCCGCCAGUAGGAACGUCGCCCCCAAGCAAACCAGCUGUACCUCCACCUUCUCUGUUCGGUACGAUAACACCAGUCGCUCCUGCUCACGCGCCUACGCCAGCACCUCUGGCCGCCCAGACGCCUCCUGCUCAGAGUCCGCAAGCACCCUUGGAGGAGGGAAUGCAAAAGGAAUGCAUGAACUUGGCUAUAACUAUGAAUCGUGAUCUCGAGGAGUCGGCUCGUGUGGCGAAGAAUGCUCAAGAACUACGAACACGCUCGACCAUGUCUCUAGGCGGUGGAAGGAACAAAGUCGAUCUUGGCGAUCCGUCGAAAUGGUCGUUUUCCGACUUGCCUCAGUUUGGUCAGGUUAUGAAGCUAUAUGAGAAAGACCUGGAGUACCUGGCUUCUGAGAGAGAAAAACAGAGGCUGAAGUUGAAGGAGAUCCAGAGCAAUAUGCUCAAAGCUGGGACGAGGAGAGAAGAAAUCGCACGGUUCAAUAAGGCGAAAGAUGAUAAGGAAUUCGCUAAGAUGUUGAGGGCGAGGACAUUAGGUCCUGAGCACAGCGAGACACAGACACAGCUUCGGAAGAGCAUCAGAACUAUCCGCGACCGUGUGCAAAAGCUCGAGAAGCGGUUGCAGGACGAUAAGAAGAAACUGUCGCAAGCUCAGUCCUGCAAGCCCGCUUUCAGAGCGCCAUCCCUCGAUACAAUUAACCGCACCUACCGAAAUAUUGAGCUCGCAAUUGAGCAGCAAUCCGACCAGGUCACCCGACUAACUUCACGCAUAGGGAAGCUGGACCUCAACGCUGUUGACACUUCCUCACCUAUGCGUGACGCUCGCCUGCCCGAUCGGCGGCACGGAGUCCGACCAGAAGAGAUCGUGCCCAAUGUUGCAGUGACGACCGCUGCAGCACUCAACGCUGAGCGGUCCGCACAAAGGCUGAAGAAAGCUCUUCUGGCGGUACGGAAAGAGCCAUUACUGAACACUAAAGCGCUUGCGGCACCCAAGGCACCUGUGGCAUUUAACACCCCCCAGCGGCCUGGUGCUGGAUCGAACACGGGUCUGCCUACAGGCUUCGCGUUCCAGGCGCCGAUCAAGGGGUCGCUCUUCGCUGAGACGCCCUCGCCCGUUCCUUUACCCGACUGGAACUUGGAUGUACCAGAAGACCAGUUCGACCCGACGGCGACACCGUUGCCGAAUACGAGGAGGGGUGCAGGCUCAGGGCAAAGGAAACACCCUAGUGUGCCAUUGAAGAAGAGUGCGGGAUCGAGUCCUGGAGCACCAACGACGGCUGCAGUGCCUGUUGCUUUCGAUUGGGGUCCGCUGCCUAGUUUCUCGAACCCUGCCCCUGCAGCGGGUCUGCCUAGGUCGUUUGUGCCCAUAUCUCCUGCCAGUAGUCCCACCGCGAAAAAGUAG